AUGAACCUGAGCUUCUCCAGCUUCCGACUCAUAGUCGUGCGAGACAGCCGUGAGGUUAACCAUGCAUCUUUUGCUGUCCGUAACCCCAAGACUCCUGCCUAA